CCGCCUCACAUGACCAGGCUGUUUCUUCCUUCUAGAGCGCAGGGAGGUGGUGUGUACUGCUGUUGCAUUCUUGCCCGCGCGGAGGAGCAGGCCGCUUAGCGCCCCAACGCCCAUGAAGUGUGGCUAUUGACCCUGAGUCUGUUCCAGUGACCGGAAAGAGCGCAGUCCGAUACUCCCGUUAGCUCUGCGGCGUGUCUGUGUGCGCACGCGCGCGCGUCGUCGGCAGGCGUUCUUCUGUCGUCCCUUCGUGCGAGACUAGUAGUGUUUGUAAGUGAUUUUUGUGAUUCCGGACCGAAGACGACAUGGCACCGCGCUCCACCAGCAGACCAGACCUCUGCGCCGUCCUGUUCCUGUUUGUCCUGGGCCACCAGACCUUGGCACAGAUAGUGAACCUGGAGGUGAAAGAUGGAAAUUCUACCUGCAUUAAAGCUGAACUCUCUGCCCAGAUCGCUGUAGUCUACAGUGUGACCAACGGCACGAGGACAGCCUCUAUGCCCUUGCCAGCCUCUACCACUGUGGGCAGCGACAGCUCCUGUGGGGGGUCCAGCGGCACCCCUUGGCUGAUGGCCAGUUUUGGAGACGGCCACUCGCUGAGCCUCGGCUUCUCUAGCAACGGUAGCCUGUACAGAGUAGAAAACAUCACGGUUGUGUACAAUCUGAGUGACACUUCAAACUUCCCUGCAUCAUCUUCUAAAGAUCGUGUUACUGUGAUGACAGCCCACACAGGAAUCCUGGCCCGGAUGAACACCACAUACAAGUGUGAGAGUAACUCCACUGUGAUCCUCAGCGGGGGUGGAGUCAAUGUCUCCUUCUCCAACAUGAGGAUCGAGGCAUACAUGCUGGGAAGCGAGUUCAGUGUUAAUGAAACUGUCUGCACAGCUGACCAGACGGCAACCACCACAUCUGUCCCUAAAACCAGCGCUGUGACGACUCCCCCCACCCCUACCGUUCCAGGAACCCCUGAGCAAGGCAAAUAUAAUGUCACUAACAGUAAUGGCUCUGUGUGCCUGCUGGCUUACAUGGGAUUGCAGCUCAACAUCACUCUCUCAUCUUCUCAAAACAAGACUGUCCAGGAGAUCAUCAACCUGCAGCCCAACCUGACAAAGAGUACAGGGCUGUGUGAGGUCAACAGUUCCACUCUGUUUCUUACAAGUGACCGUACCAAUCUCACCUUCUUCUUCUCACUGAAUGUCACUAAGUACCACCUCAGUGGGAUCUCAGUCAGAGCCAUCUUACCAGACAUGAAAGAUCCCUUUGCAACCAGCAAUGUGAGCCUGGACUACUUGCGGGGGACACUCGGGCGCUCCUACAUGUGCAAUGCAGAGCAGACCCUAUUGGUAGACAAAUCCUUCUCUCUCAACACGUUCCACGUACAAGUGCAGCCCUUCAGAGUCAAUGGAGGCCAGUUUGAGAAUGCGGAGGAUUGUCACCUGGAUGAAGACAACAUGCUGAUACCCAUCAUUGUGGGGGCAGCCUUGGCAGGCCUGGUACUCAUCGUCCUCAUCGCCUACCUGAUAGGAAGGAAGAGGAGCCAUGCUGGCUAUCAAACCAUCUGACCACUUCCUGUGAUAUGAUGGAGAGAGGAAGUCCUACUAACAUUUGACUGGACUCUGCACUACUUUCCUCCGAUUCCCCCCCCCACACCUGUUCUCUGCUUGAUCGUUUGCUUACGCGCUGGCAGGACAGCGCUGACUCAGCUCUACACGGCAUGCUUUCUUUUUGUUUAUCUGAAUGAAUUUGCGCUAAAUAUGAAUUAAAGGAUUUUUGUAAAUAUGAAUUUUGGUAUUAUAGAUUAAACUUUCAGACUAGCUGAGAAUGGAGGCAAUGCAGCCACUCAGCCAUAACCACAGUAACAGUGCUGAAGCUCAUAGAUCUGCAUGGAUUCCAGAUUGAUUGGAUAGCAGCUCUGACUGACAGAAUAAACAAAGCUUCUAGACAAAACAAAAGCACUGAUCUGGGCAAUGUAUCCAUGUGUGAAGAGCUUUGCAGCAGUAGUUGCUGGAACAGUGUGGUGGGUUUUUUUUCUCCCCCUUUCCUUUUUUUUCCCCCCAAAGGUUCCAUUACAACCACGCAGGCAAUGGUAUUAAGGCUUGUUCCUUCAUGUGUUUUGGAUCUUUGCUUCAUUAGAUGUUUUUGAACACUGGUUUGUCAGAUGGAUGUGGUUUUUUUUUCCUUGGAGACGAGCAAUCUCUUCCUCACCAGGCUUCCUUAGCCUAAUUCAGUAACUGAGUUAAUUUACUGUACGGCAGUCUUGCAAACACCUGUGUGCUUUUUAUGCACUGCUCGUUCAAAGGGUGGCUCUUGUCCUCUCUGCUAUUGGUAUCUGAAUUGAGUUGUCUUUGCAUGUUUUUUCUUUGGAAUGAUGACUCUUUGCAAUACCACCUAGACAGCAAGCAGACUCCUGCUAAAAGGGAAUUUUGAAUGUCUGGCCUUUUAUUUUGGCUCCAACAAGGGGCUGCUGCUGCUGCUGCUACCCUCUCCCCUGAGCAAGUAAGCAAGCCCAGAACCACCUCUCACCCCUCCCAGACACCAUGAGAGGGUAGUGUGUAAAGCACAGAAAUGCUUGACCCAUUCAAUUACCCCCAAUUUAAAAUACACAGGUUCACAUAUGUGCCACUUUUACCAGAGAAAGUCCUUUUAUAUGUAUUUAUUGCACAUUGUGCUUUGCUGUAUGCCACUCAUUGUGUGUGAUUAACAGAGGCAAUGGAUGGUGGCACAGAAAGUGAGCGAAGCCUGAUGAGGUGCACUAGCCUUUGCCAUGCUGAGAGCUGUCUGAGUCAGAUGCAGUGCAGCGGUGUAUGAUGGAUGGUGCAUCCAGACAGGUGCCUAAGCUUGAGUAUGGCCCAAUGUUGGUGUCAAGAGUAGCUGAACACUUGCUGUUGUGUGAGUGAAUGGUGUAGCAGGCUGUGUUCAAGCGCAGCUUAUCUCCACCACCUUUCUGCGUAAACCGGCCUGCGCCAUGAGUAUCAAUCUUGCCGGAGCCUGGACUGGCAGUCAGUAGCUCUGCCCUUAACAGGAGGAUGAGAAUUGAUCAUUUGCCCUCAAAGACCCUGUACUAUAGUAUAAAAGUAAAGGAGGCAUGAUAAAACAUGAAAUCCCUAUCUUUUAUAACCAUUCUUGUAUAUCUUAUUUUAGUAAGGAAUGCUACAAAUUGUUUUCAAAUAUGCAUCUAAAUGACAAAUAAAAAAAAAAGUGAAAAUCA